AUGAUUCUAUCAUUGGGCGACAUCCCAGCAAUAUGGGCUAUCAUUCGCACUUAUAUAUAUGUCUUCCUGCCCUUCACUUUUGUGGGCUAUCUGAUUCUCGUGAGAUCCUACCGCUACGCUCGAAGAGAUGAGAUAGAAGCAAAGUUCAAGUCCGGGGGACGGGAAUUGUCAACGAUGACUGGCAAAGAAGCUUUUGAGAUUCUCGCUCAGCUGCAGGAACUUGAGUUUCCCUACGCUUUCGCCAAGGCGCGCCAGAUGGCUUUAUUGAAGGCCGGCGGUAUUCCUUCCAUGUCGAAGUUGUUUGCCGUGACGGGACAAAAUAAUCGGAGAAACGCUGGUAGGCGUGCCGUUGAUACAGAGAUUCUCCUUCGAGAGUCGCAGACAAUGCCUCGGGAUUCCGAACGCUAUGCCAUGGCUGUUGCUCGCGUGAACUACCUCCACGAGCGGUACCGACGCGCUGGGAAGAUAACAGACCCCGAUCUACUCCAUACACUAGGGGAUGGCCUCGCCGAGAUUCUGACCGUUAUCGAAAGAGAUGAAUGGCGCAAGCUGACGGAUGUGGAAAAGUGCGCCUUGGGUGUGUUUCAUAAGAAUCUCGGCGAGGAUUUGGACAUCCCGUUCGACCCUCUAUCAUCCAGCGAAGAGGGAUGGAGAGAUGGGGUUCAUUUUGCAAUGGAUCUACGCGACUGGACCAUCAAAUAUGAGGAGACAGUGGCUGUUCCCAACGGCCCCAGCGCCCAAUACGUACACGCCUAUGUAGAUUCCGCAUUCCUUUCCAUGCCAAAAUGGGUUGGUGCGACCAUGCGGAAAACCCUCGGUGCCGACUUGGAUGAUACCAUGAGGUCAAGUCUUGGGCUGGAGGCUCCCGGCGCCCUUCAGUCCUUGCUCAUUCGGACCGUCCGAAACCUUCGAAUCCUAUAUAUCAGGCAUUUAUCGCUUCCUCGACACACAUCCGUGAAAGCCUUGUCGGUGUCCCCAAAUCCACAAACUGGCAAGUAUAACUUUGAGCGGAAAGGUUUACAACCUUGGUACAUGGAACCCACGUUCUGGUCCAGUUGGGGCCCCAGUGCUCUAUUAAUCCGGGCGGCGGGAGGAAGGGUGCCCGGUUCCCAAGGUGACCGCUUCUACCCACAGGGUUACGAUUUGAUGACUAUAGGCCCGGAGCCGCAGAAAGGCAAAGGCAUUGAUGAGAUGAAAGCCGACAUUAAGACUAUCCAGGCUAGAGGCGUAGCUACUUGCCCUUUUUCUUACGCCAAAUUGGAGGGAAUGUAG